AUGACGAACAGUCUAGAGGCGAAGAUAGUGGUACUGGGGAGUCAGGGAGUCGGCAAAACAUCACUCGUUCAUCGUUACGUCAGGAACGCAUUUACACCCCCGACAACAGCAUCGACAAUAGGGGCUUCUUUUCUCACGAAGCGCGUCACGGAUAUCGACACAUCCACCACAGUGCGCCUGCAAAUAUGGGACACAGCUGGACAGGAAAGGUUUCGCUCGAUAUCGAAACUCUACUAUAGAGGUGCCAACGCCGGUGUCCUUUGUUAUGACAUCACAGACGAAGAAUCGUUCCUCGAGAUGGGCCGGUGGAUGAAGGAGCUAAAAGAUAACCUCGGAAGCGACAUAAUAUUACACGUGGUGGGCACCAAAUCCGACAUCGUCGCCGAAGACCCCUCGAAGCGCAAGGUCCCAUUUGAACGCUGCAUUGCGUACGUCGCGGAGCACCUAUACCCACAGGCACAAAACGGACAGCCAAUCCCUUCAAGCAACCCCGGGAGUGGGUUUUUCUCGGCUACCCAUAAUGGAGGCAUGGCAUCGCCACAGAGCAACCGAUCGAGCGGGUUUUGGGGCCAGGAGAUCGGGUGGGACUGUUGCCACGAGAUCAGUGCCAAAGAUGGCGAAGGCGUCGACGAGGUCUUCCGAGUGAUAACGAGAAAGCUGGUAGAACAAGAACAACGGAAGUUAGAGGAAGAGUACAAGCAACUUGCGUUAGCUGGUGUAACACCCGGUAUAAACCAGGGAGAUGUACCCGGUUACUUCGACUACCCGGGCAAUGGAAACGGGAGCUUCAGAGUCGGAAUGGGCGAUAAGAGGAGAAGUUGGCUAGGAUUCCCCACCACGCCAGGAGCAGCAGGAGGGGAACAAGGCCAAUGGGAAGAAGACGUACAGAGGUUGAGGAACAACAAGGGAGGCCGAUGUUGUUGA